UAAAAGCAUGUAUAUAUAGUAUAUAUGGCUAAACUAAACAUAUCAUCCAAACUAAUACCCUAUCCUCUACCAAUGCAUUUGCUUUUCGCAAAUUGGACAUUUGAUUUUAAUUAAGCUUUUAGGGUACACUUCUACAAUGAAUUUAGCAAGAGGCCAGCUGAUCAUCACUGUAUGGUAUGAGAACCUAAUCUUCCAAGACAGGAAUAUGGGGUACCACCCCCUACUUUUCCCUUAUUUUUUAUGCUUAAAUUAAAAAAAAAAAAAAAAAAACAUUAUAUAAAUCUCAAUUACAAAAGCAAAUCCAUUUUUCAACUACCCUUUCCUUACUCUUUCAUAUACUUGUCAAUUAGCAUAUAAACAGUGCUAAUUAUGAAAAAUCAUUACACAUGAUAAAACUCUACGUCCCCCACUAAUUAACUCCACCACUUUCUCAUUCACCUCUCUCCACAUACCUUUGCUUGCAAUUUAAGCCUUUCAUAUCAGUAUAUAACCCAAAAAAACUCAUUCAGUGCGAAAUUGUAACCCUCUCUUCCUCAGCAAAUUAAAGAAUGACCUCAGUUUGCAUAUCAAACUGUGUCAAUGAUGCACGUGACCCUCGUGUGCCGGUUCGCGCCACCUACGUUAACCUCUACAAGUGGCCGGAAUCUGAUGCAGAGUUCAUAAAAUCCGUCCGCCGUGUAGGGCAGGGUUUGCAUGGUCAUUAUGGGCAACCUAGGGUGGUGGACAGUAUCUCCUGCAGGCAGAUGUAUCUUAGGAGCUACACGUUCUCGAGGAAAGAGAGUGUGCCGGAGAGGACGAAGAAGUGCAUUGGUAGAGUGAAAGAGAAGGUGGCUAAUCAUGGAAAGAAGAUAAAGGAAAAGGGUGGUAGGAGAAGGAAUAAGUGUUUGGUUUUCAGGAAAGUGAAAGAAUUUUCCUGCAAUGCCUUGUUUAGGAUCUUUCACAGGUUGUUGUCUUGUGGUGCUAGUGUAGAUGUUGUUGAUCAUAAUGAUUAAGUUUGCAUUCACUUCUCAGAUUUUUCAUUUUUUUCAAAAUCUUUUUCUUUUAAUGGGUCGUCAUAUUAUAUUUAUGUUUCUUAAGGUAUGAAAUUUUUUUUCUUUA